AUGGUAUGGAUUAUGAAAAAAACCUUUGCUCCUGUUGCUAAAAUGUCCACUAUUCGGACCCUUAUUGUGGUUGCGUCUGUUCGUCAGUGGCAUAUUUCCCAACUAGAUGUUAAAAAUGCCUUCUUAAAUGGUGAUCUAAAAGAAGAGGUUUAUAUGGUUCCUCCACCAGGUGUUUCUCAUAAUCCUAGUGCAGUUUGUUUCACCUCCAGCCCCCAUGACUCUGCAUUGUUUGUCAAAAGCUCUCCUCAUAGUUGUAUUUUGCUCUCUCUUUAUGUUGAUGAUAUGAUUAUUACUGAGGAUGAUGUUGUUGGGAUUACGAAUUUGAAACUUCAAUUGGCUAAACAAUUUGAGAUGAAAGAUUUGGGUACUCUUCGUUACUUUUUGGGAAUUGAGUACAUUGCCACCAUUCUUGCACAAGCUCGUCUCUCUGAUACUCAAGCAGUUGACACUCCUGUUAAACUGAAUACUCGAUAUAACUCAUCUGAUGGUGUCCCUUUGGAAGAUCAUACUUUGUAUCAUACUCUUGUUGGCAGCUUGGUGUAUCUUACAAUUACUCGACCCGACAUUGCCUAUGCAGUGCAUGUUGUUAGUCAGUUUGUUUCCUCCCCUACUAUAGUUCAUUGGGCAGCUGUUCUUCGCAUUCUUCGUUAUCUUCGGGGUACUCAGUUUCAAAGCCUCUUAUUCCCUUCCUCAUCCUCAUUGGAGCUGCGUGCUUACUCUGAUGCUGAUUGGGAUGGUUCUCCCUCUGAUAGGAAAUCUACAACUGAUUUUUGCAUUUUCCUUGUAGAUUCUCUCAUUUCUUGGAAAAGUAAGAAGCAAGAUGUUGUCUCUCGAUUUUUUACUGAAGCUGAAUAUCGUGCCAGUGGCAUCCACCACUGCAGAAAUUGUUUGGGUGCGUUGGCUACUUGA